CAGUUUGCGCAGCCGGUCUUCUUUCCCCUUUCACUCCAUUGGAGUCGCUCCAACACAGGCAUACCUCCGUUAGCCACCCCUUGAGCUGUCCUAAUCUGACAGCUGGACAAUGAGUUGUAAUAACCUGGAUAAGCCGAAUAGGAUUUAAGCGGCCGGCAUAUUAAUACAAACACGUAAGACCAUGGUGAUCAUGUCGGGGAUAGCCGCUGUGCUGCAGCAGUUUGUCAGCGGGCUGAAGAGCAGGAACGAAGACACCAGAGCCAAGUCUGCCAAGGACCUGCAGCACUAUGUGACCACGGAGCUCAGAGAGUUGAGCCAAGAUGAAGCCACCACCUUCUACGACGAGUUAAACCACCACAUAUUUGAGCUGGUGUCCAGCUCUGACGUGAACGAGAAGAAAGGCGGCAUCCUUGCUAUAGUGAGUCUCAUCGGAGUGGAGGGAGGCAACGCCACCAGGAUCAGCCGCUUCGCCAACUACCUCCGCAACCUGCUCCCUUCCAGCGACCCGGUGGUCAUGGAGAUGGCCUCCAAAGCCAUGGGCCACCUGUCCAUGGCCGGAGACACUUUUACCGCCGAGUAUGUGGAGUUUGAGGUGAAGAGGGCUCUGGAGUGGCUGGGAGCCGACAGAAACGAAGGCAGGCGCCAUGCGGCGGUGUUGGUGUUGAGGGAGCUGGCUGUGAGCGCGCCGACCUUCUUCUUUCAGCAAGUGCAGCCCUUCUUCGACAACAUCUUUUACGCGGUGUGGGACCCUAAGCAGGCCAUUCGGGAAGGAGCGGUGUCCGCCCUGCGAGCCUGUCUCAUCCUCACCACACAGAGGGAGACCAAGGAGAUGCAGAAGCCGCAGUGGUACAAACAAACCUUCGAGGAGGCGGAAAAAGGCUUCGACGAGACUUUGGCCAAGGAGAAAGGGAUGAAUCGUGACGAUCGGGUCCACGGGGCCCUCCUGAUCCUCAACGAGCUGGUCCGCAUCAGCAGCAUGGAGGGAGAGCGCAUGCGCGAGGAGAUGGAGGAGAUCACGCAGCAGCAGCUGGUCCACGAUAAGUACUGCAAGGAGCUGAUGGGAUUCGGAACGAAGCCUCGCCACAUCACGCCCUUCACCAGCUUCCAGUCGGUGCAGCCGCAGCAGUCGAACGCCCUGCUGGGCUUGCUGGGCUACAGCGCGCCGCCAAGCUUCCUGGGCUUCGGCGCCACGCCGGCCCCCGCCAAGAGCUCGCUGGUGGAGAGUCGGUACUGCCGCGAGCUGAUGGAGGAGCGGUUCGACCAGGUGUGUCGCUGGGUGCUGAAGUACAAGGCCAGUAAAAACCCUUUGAUCCAGAUGACCAUCCUCAACCUGCUUCCACGCCUAGCUGCCUUCCAGCCACAUAAUUUUACAGACCAGUACUUGUCAGACACCAUGGGGUACCUGCUGGGCUGCCUGAAGAAGGAGAAGGAGAGGACGGCGGCUUUUCAGGCUUUGGGGCUGCUGGUGGUGGCUGUCAGGACGGAUAUCCAGCCGUACCUCAUGAAGAUCCUGGAGAUCGUCAAGGCCGCCCUGCCGCCCAAGGACUUUGCGCACAAGAGGCAAAAGACCAUACAGGUGGAUGCCACAGUGUUCACUUGUAUCAGCAUGCUGUCCAGAGCCAUGGGUCCCAGCAUCCAGCCCGACAUCAAGGAGCUUCUGGAGCCCAUGUUGGCGGUGGGCCUCAGUCCGGCGCUUACGGCAGUGCUGUAUGACCUGAGUCGUCAAAUCCCCCAGUUGAAGAAAGACAUCCAGGACGGUCUGCUGAAGAUGCUCUCCCUGGUGUUGAUGCACAAGCCUCUCCGACACCCGGGAAUGCCCAAAGGUCUGGCUCACCAGCUGGCCUCUCCGAGCCUCACUAACAUUCCCGAGGCCAGCGACGUUGGCAGCAUCACCCUGGCGCUGCGCACGCUGGGAAGCUUCGAAUUUGAAGGACACUCCCUGACCCAGUUUGUGCGCCACUGCGCCGAUCACUUCCUGAACAGCGAACACAAGGAGAUCCGCAUGGAGGCGGCUCGCACCUGCUCGCGGCUCCUCACGCCUUCCAUUCACGUGAUCAGCGGCCAUGUUGUCAGCCAGACCGCUGUGCAGGUGGUGGCGGAUGUGCUCAGCAAGCUGCUGGUCGUCGGGAUCACUGAUCCAGAUCCGGACAUCCGGUACUGCGUCCUGGCGUCCCUCGAUGAGCGCUUCGAUGCACACCUCGCCCAGGCUGAGAAUCUGCAGGCUCUGUUUGUGGCUCUGAACGACGAAGUGUUUGAGAUCAGAGAGCUGGCGAUUUGCACAAUAGGACGCCUGAGCAGCAAGAACCCGGCCUUUGUCAUGCCCUUCCUUCGUAAGAUGCUGAUCCAGAUUUUAACAGAGUUGGAACACAGCGGCGUCGGCAGGAACAAAGAACAGAGCGCCCGUAUGCUUGGUCACCUGGUCUCCAACGCACCCCGCCUCAUACGGCCAUACAUGGAGCCCAUUCUCAAGGCCCUCAUUCUGAAGCUUAAAGAUCCGGACCCUAACCCUGGAGUGGUGAUCAGUGUCCUCGCAACCAUUGGCGAGUUGGCCCAGGUGAGUGGUCUGGAGAUGAGGAAGUGGAUGGAUGAGCUUUUUCCAAUCAUCAUGGACAUGCUGCAGGACUCGUCCUCAUUGGCUAAGCGCCAGGUGGCGCUUUGGACCCUUGGCCAGCAGGUAGCGAGUACAGGCUAUGUGGUGGAGCCCUACCGCAAAUACCCUUCCCUGCUAGAGGUGCUGCUCAACUUCCUCAAGACUGAACAAAACCAGGGUAUAAGAAGAGAGGCCAUCCGUGUCCUGGGUCUUCUCGGCGCCCUGGAUCCCUACAAGCACAAGGUGAACAUCGGCAUGAUCGACCAGUCACGGGACGCCUCUGCUGUCAGCCUCUCUGAAUCAAAGUCUAGCCAGGACUCAGCGGAUUACAGCACCAGUGAAAUGCUGGUGAACAUGGGCAACCUGCCCCUGGACGAGUUUUACCCCGCCGUGGCCAUCGUCACCCUGAUGCGGAUCCUGAGGGACCCGUCGCUCUCCAACCACCACACCAUGGUCGUCCAGGCCGUCACCUUCAUCUUCAAGUCGCUGGGCCUGAAGUGCGUCCAGUUCCUGCCGCAGGUCAUGCCCACCUUCCUCAACGUCAUCCGCGUUUGUGAUGCCAGCAUCCGAGAGUUCCUCUUCCAGCAGAUGGGAAUGGUCGUGUCAUUUGUGAAGAUUCACAUCCGCCCGUACAUGGACGACAUCUUUACCCUCAUCAGAGAGUACUGGACACCAAACAACCCCAUGCAGAACACCAUCAUCCUUCUCAUCGAGCAAAUCGUGGUGGCACUGGGUGGAGAGUUCAAGCUCUACCUGCCUCAGCUCAUCCCGCACAUGCUGCGCGUGUUCAUGCACGACAACAGCACAGGGCGCAGCGUGACCAUCAAGCUGCUGAAUGCCAUCCAGCUGUUCGGCGCCAACCUGGAUGACUACCUCCACUUGUUGCUGCCUCCGAUAGUCAAGCUGUUUGAUGCCGCCGACGUGCCGCUCCAAGCUCGCAAGGUGGCUUUGGAGACACUGGACCGGCUGACCGAGUCCCUGGACUUUACAGACUACGCUUCACGCAUCAUCCAUCCAAUCGUGCGGACCCUGGACAGCACGCCGGAGCUGCGUUCCACGGCCAUGGACACCCUGUCCUCGCUCGUGUUCCAGCUGGGAAAGAAGUACCAGAUUUUCAUCCCAAUGGUGAACAAAGUAAUGCUGAGGCACCGGAUCAAUCACCAGCGCUAUGACAUUCUGAUAUGUCGCAUCGUGAAAGGCUACACUCUGGCAGAGGAGGAAGAGGACCCUUUAAUUUUCCAGCACCGGCAGAUUCGGGGCAACCAGGGCGACCCGCUGGUCAGCGGCCCCGUGGAGCCGGGCCCCAUGAAGAAGCUCCACGUUAGCACUACUGCACUCCAGAAGGCCUGGGGUGCCGCUAGGAAGGUGUCCAAAGAUGACUGGCUGGAGUGGCUGAGGCGUUUGAGUGUGGUUCUGCUCAAAGAGUCCUCCUCUCCAGCGCUGCGAUCGUGCUGGUCUCUGGCUCAGACUUAUAUCCCUCUUGCCAGAGACUUGUUCAACGCUGCUUUUCUGUCCUGCUGGUCUGAGCUGAGUGAAGAUCAGCAGGAUGAGCUCAUCCGCAGCAUCGAGUUGGCUCUCACCUCCCAAGACAUAGCGGAGGUCACACAGACGCUGCUUAACUUAGCAGAAUUCAUGGAGCACAGUGAUAAGGGCCCUCUGCCGCUCAGAGACGAUAAUGGCAUCGUUCUGCUUGGAGAGAGAGCUGCCAAAUGUCGUGCCUAUGCCAAGGCGCUACAUUACAAAGAGCUGGAGUUUCAGAAAGGUCCCUCUCCUCUCAUAUUGGAGUCUCUAAUCAGCAUCAACAACAAACUACAGCAGCCAGAGGCGGCAGCAGGAGUCCUGGAAUACGCAAUGAAACACUUUGGUGAACUGGAAAUCCAAGCCACUUGGUAUGAGAAGCUCCAUGAUUGGGAGGAUGCCCUGGUGGCCUAUGACAAGAAGAUCGACAUGAACAAAGAGGACCCAGAGCUCAUCCUGGGCAGAAUGCGCUGCUUGGAGGCCCUGGGAGAAUGGGGUCAGUUGCACCAGCAGUGCUGCGAGGAGUGGACGCUGGUCAGCGAGGAAACGCAGGCCAAGAUGGCUCGUAUGGCGGCUGCUGCCGCCUGGGGUCUAGGACACUGGGACAGCAUGGAGGAGUACACAUGUAUGAUCCCAAGAGACACACAUGAUGGUGCUUUUUAUAGAGCUGUUUUAGCCCUCCAUCAGGACCUCUACUCAUUGGCCCAGCAGUGUAUUGACAAAGCAAGAGACCUCCUGGAUGCUGAGCUGACAGCCAUGGCUGGAGAGAGCUACAGUCGAGCCUACGGGGCCAUGGUGUCCUGCCAGAUGCUGUCUGAGCUGGAGGAAGUGAUCCAAUACAAACUGGUGCCAGAGAGGAGGGACAUCAUCAGGGAAACGUGGUGGGAGAGGCUUCAGGGCUGUCAGCGUAUUGUCGAAGACUGGCAGCGAAUCCUGAUGGUUCGAUCUCUGGUCAUCAGCCCCCACGAGGACAUGAGGACAUGGCUGAAAUACGCCAGCCUUUGUGGCAAGAGCCUACGUCUGGCACUUGCCCACAAGACUCUUGUGCUGCUCUUGGGUGUUGACCCCUCCAAGCAACUCGAUCACCCACUUCCUACCACCCACCCACACGUCACAUACGCAUACAUGAAGUAUAUGUGGAAGAGCAACCGUAAGAUCGACGCCUUCCAGCACAUGCAGCAUUUCGUCCAGGGGGUGCAACAGCAGGCCCAGCACGCCCUCGCAGCUGAAGACCAUCCGCGCAAGCAGGAGCUCCACAAGCUGAUGGCCAGAUGUUUCUUGAAGCUGGGGGAGUGGCAGCUCAGUCUGCAGGGCAUCAAUGAGAGCACCAUCCCCAAAGUUCUCCAGUAUUACAGCAAUUCAACGGAGCAUGACCGCAACUGGUACAAGGCCUGGCACGCCUGGGCCGUGAUGAAUUUUGAGGCAGUGCUGCACUACAAACACCAGAACCAGGGACGUGACGAGAAGAAGAAGCGGCGACACGCCAGCGGCGCCAGCGCCAACAGCGAAGCCAGCAACAGUGACAGCGAGGCCGACAGCACGGAUCACAGCCCCGUGCCCUCGCCACGGCAGAGGAAGGUCAACGAGGACCUCUCAAAGACUUUGCUCCUCUACACGGUACCUGCUGUUCAAGGAUUCUUCCGCUCCAUUUCCCUCUCCAGAGGAAAUAACCUGCAGGACACUCUUAGGGUUUUGACUUUGUGGUUCGACUACGGUCACUGGCCUGAGGUGAACGAAGCUUUGGUGGAGGGCAUCAAGACCAUUCAGAUAGACACCUGGUUACAGGUGAUCCCUCAGCUCAUAGCUCGUAUCGACACCCCUCGGGCGCUGGUUGGUCGUCUCAUCCACCAGCUGCUGACGGACAUCGGACGAUACCACCCACAGGCUUUAAUCUACCCGCUGACCGUCGCCUCCAAGUCCACCACCACCGCCCGACAUAAUGCCGCGAACAAGAUCCUGAAGAACAUGUGUGAACACUGCAACACCCUGGUUCAGCAGGCUAUGAUGGUGAGCGAGGAGCUUAUCCGCGUCGCUAUCUUGUGGCAUGAGAUGUGGCACGAGGGCCUCGAGGAAGCCUCUCGUCUUUACUUUGGUGAGCGCAAUGUAAAGGGCAUGUUCGCCGUGCUGGAGCCGCUGCACGCCAUGAUGGAGAGGGGACCACAAACCCUCAAAGAGACUUCCUUUAAUCAGGCCUAUGGCAGGGAUUUGAUGGAGGCGCAGGACUGGUGCAGGAAGUACAUGCGCUCUGGGAAUGUGAAAGACCUGACGCAGGCCUGGGACCUUUACUACCACGUGUUCAGACGCAUCUCCAAACAGCUGCCUCAGCUCACCUCCCUGGAGCUGCAAUACGUGUCUCCGAAGCUGCUGAUGUGUCGCGACCUGGAGCUCGCCGUGCCCGGCACUUAUGACCCCAACCAGCCUAUCAUUCGCAUCCAGUCCAUCGCCGCCUCGCUGCAGGUCAUCACCUCCAAGCAGCGCCCACGCAAGCUCACCAUCAUGGGAAGCAACGGCCACGAGUUCAUGUUCCUGUUGAAGGGCCACGAGGACCUGAGGCAGGAUGAGAGAGUGAUGCAGCUGUUCGGUUUGGUCAACACGCUGCUGGCUAAUGAUCCCGCGUCUCUGCGCAAGAACCUCAGUAUUCAGCGCUACGCCGUGAUCCCCCUUUCCACCAACUCGGGCCUGAUUGGCUGGGUGCCCCACUGCGACACGCUGCACGCCCUCAUCAGAGACUACAGGGAGAAGAAAAAGAUUUUGCUCAACAUUGAGCAUCGCAUCAUGCUCAGGAUGGCGCCCGACUACGACCACCUGACGCUGAUGGAGAAGGUGGAGGUGUUCGAACAUGCCGUCAACAACACCGCUGGAGACGACCUGGCCAAGCUCCUGUGGCUCAAGAGCCCCAGCUCAGAGGUGUGGUUUGACAGGAGGACCAACUACACGCGCUCCCUGGCUGUGAUGUCCAUGGUGGGCUACAUCCUCGGCUUGGGUGACAGACAUCCAUCCAACUUGAUGUUAGACCGGCUCAGCGGGAAGAUCCUCCACAUUGACUUUGGAGACUGUUUUGAAGUGGCGAUGACCAGAGAGAAGUUCCCUGAAAAGAUCCCCUUCCGACUGACGAGGAUGCUGACCAACGCUAUGGAGGUGACCGGCUUGGACGGGAACUACAGGAUCACCUGCCACACGGUGAUGGAGGUGUUGAGGGAGCACAGAGACAGCGUCAUGGCUGUGCUGGAGGCCUUCGUUUACGACCCCCUGCUCAACUGGAGGCUCAUGGACACAAACACCAAAGGCACCAAGCGUUCCCGUACCAGGACCGACUCUUACACCGCUGGACAGUCCGUGGAAGCUCUUGAUGGAAUAGACCUGGGAGAGACCACCCACAAGAAACCAGGGACCACCGUACCCGAAUCCAUUCACUCCUUCAUUGGAGACGGCCUGGUGCAGCCCGAGGCGCUCAACAAGAAAGCUAUUCAGAUUAUCAACAGAGUGCGGGACAAGCUCACAGGUCGAGACUUCUCUCACGAUGAGACGUUGGACGUGCCGACACAGGUGGAGCUCCUCAUCAAGCAGGCCACGUCCCAUGAAAACCUGUGCCAGUGCUACAUUGGAUGGUGUCCAUUUUGGUGAAGAGACGUCUCGUUCAGCCAAGGGAUGCGGCUCAAUUUCGGUUUGAGAAACCAGGAAGGAACACAUAACAGAAAUAUUUCCCUCCGCCCUGAAAAAUGUCCUGAAGCCACGGAGCAGAGCUUAUAUUUGUUACUUCUUACAAGCCGACCAUGCCGUUGUGUCACUCUGUAUUGGAUCGAAGUGAUAUUGUUUGCCCUUUACUAACUUAAAGAUAUGUUAAAGGUUACUUGUGAGAAUACACAAGUAUGCUGAAAUGAUAUAAUGUACUGUAAGGACAUUUGUGUGCCAUUAAAGCUUGUACAGAUACC